AUGUCGUCGAGCACACCGCUGAUCUCCUCCAUGUCGCUCGCCCUGCUCUCCCUGCUACUACUUCUCUUCUCGGCCUGUUACACCGCCCGUUCCUCCGCCGCGGACUGCGACCCCGCGGACCGCGCCGCGCUGCUGCGGGUCAAGGCGCAGCUGGGCGACCCGGCCGGGCUCUCCUCGUGGCUGCCGUCCACCAACUGCUGCGCGUGGGACCCCUCCGUGUUCUGCGACGCGGCGGGCCGCGUCACGGGGCUGGCGCUCUACUCCCUCCCCGACGUCUCGGCGCGAGUCCCGCCGGCGCUCGGCGACCUCGCCGCGCUCGAGAUCCUCCAGGUCGACUCCGUGCCUGGCCUGGCGGGCCCCGUCCCGGCCUCCUUCGCCAACCUCACGCGCCUCCUGGACCUCGACAUCAACGGCACCUCCAUCUCCGGGCCUGUCCCGGGCUGCCUCCUCGCCGGCGCCGUCAGCCUGAGGACGCUCGUCAUCGCCAACAGCAAGCUCGCCGGGCCCAUCCCGGCGUCCCUGGCCGCGCUCCCCGGCCUCAGGUACCUGGACCUCAGCGGCAACAUGCUCAGCGGCGCCAUCCCGCCGGGGCUGCUGCACGGGGGCUCCAGGUUCCUGAUCCUGUCCAACAACCGGCUCACGGGGGAGAUCCCCAGCGACUACGGCGACGGCGACGUCGACACCAUCGACCUCUCGCGUAACCAGCUCACCGGUGACCCCUCGUCGUUCCUGUUCGGCAUCACGAAGCCGGCGGUCAAGAUCGACCUGUCGUGGAACCAGCUCGAGUUCGACCUGACGGAGGUCAGCUUCCCGCACCACCUCAGGUUCCUGGACCUGAGCCACAACAGGGUCAGGGGCAGAGUGGCCAAGUCGCUGAUGGACGUGAAGCUGGAGCACUUCAACGUCAGCUAUAACGAGCUCUGCGGCGAGGUGCCGGCGGGAAGGUUCAUGUCGAUGCACGGGGCAGACUGCUACGCGCACAACAAGUGCCUGUGCGGCACGCCGCUCCCUCCCUGCAACUGA